CCGCAGUAUCCCAUUCGUUGUCCCGUUCGUAUCUCUCACGAGACGUGUUCUGAAAAAUGCUCCAUCUGUCCUCAAUGUUUAUACAGGUAGCUGUAUGCUUAUUAAUUAAAACAACAUUUGCCAGUUUGUCCAGUGAUGCUGGAUGGCAUGGAAUAUCUAAUUUCGGAGCUACGAAUUACGGUUCCAAUGGCCAGAACUUAAAUAUUCAUCAGGAUCUUUCUUCCUAUGGAUCAUAUUCCUCCUUCGGAAACGGUGGCAAUCUUCACAUAGAUUUAGAGCAAGGAUUUAAGGGCAAUAAUGUCCAACAUACAAUCGCUGAAGCUGUGCCGAUCAGUGAGCACGUGGAAGUCACAAAGCCAGUGCCAGUGCCAGUUAUAAAAAAUAUUGGAAUCCCAGUGGCACAGCCUAUGACGAUACCCGUGCCUCAUCCUAUGGCGGUAGGUGUUGCUCAACCCUAUCCCGUCCACGUGCCGGUCGUCCAGCCGAUCCCCGUACCGGUCGUGAAAACCAUCGCAAUUCCAGUCGAGAAGAAGAUCCCGUAUCCGGUGGAGAAAAUCAUACCGGUGCCCGUGGAAAAGCGGGUGCCAAUAACUAUCGAGAAGCAUGUGCCCGUUCCAGUGGAGAAGCUAUAUCCGAUUCACAUACCGAUCUACAAGCAUGUGCAUCCGGUAGCAAUUGGCGUUCCGCAACCUUACCCCGUUCACAUCCCCGUGCCGAAGCACAUCCCUAUACAAGUCGUGAAGACGGUGGCGAUCCCGGUGGAGAAGAAGGUGCCUUACCCCGUGGAGAAGCACAUACCGGUACCCGUCGAGAAGCCGGUUCCCAUCACAAUCGAGAAACACAUCCCCGUCCCGGUCGUAAAGCCGUAUCCCAUCAGAAUUCCCAUUGUGCUGUUGGGAGUCGUCGUUUGCUCCUACAGUUCCGAUUGGAGCUUUGGAAAUCAUGGCGGUGGUGGACUUACGCUGGGAGAAAUUUCCUUAGACCAUCAUGACUUGGGGGCGUUUACCCUGGGAGGAACAGAAAGCCAUUCCUUAGAUUUGUUGAAAGGUCAUUUGCCAAUAAAAAUUAGUGAUUGGCACUUGGGCAUCGGCGGUCUUCACGGAGCCAAUAUCAUUCCUAUUAUUCAACAUAUCGGGAUACCGACGGUCCAACAAAUCCCGAUCAGCGUAUCGCAUCCGGUGGUGGAGACGGUCCCGCAGCCUUAUCCUGUUGCCGUGCUAGUACCGAAGCCUGUACCAUUUCAGGUGGAAAAGCAGGUAUUCAAAACUGUGGAGAAGAAGGUACCGACGCCCGUCGAGAAAAUAAUUCCGGUUAAAAUCGAGAAGCCGGUGCCGUUUCAUGUGGUGAAAUACAUACCCGUACCGGUCGAAAAGCCGAUUCCGAUCAAGAUUCCUGUCUACAAGACCAUCGUGCACAAAGUUUUCUUGUUAAGUUUCAUUUUGUUUGGCAACGUGGUGUUGGCUAGUGAUUUUGCCGAGGACCACGGUGGUUCAUCAUCAUAUGAAGAGAAAACAAAAACUGUGGAAAUUCCAAUUAUUAAAAAAUAUGCCAUACCUAUUCCGCAUCCUGUACCUGUCCAAGUGCCCAAGGAAAUUAAAAUACCAGUGCCUCAGCCUUAUAAGGUGCCAAUUGAAAUCCCUCACCCAUAUCCAGUGGAAGUCAUUAAGCACGUCGAGAUACCUAUUGAGAAGCCAGAGCCUUUUAUUAUCGAAAAGCAUGUUCCUUAUGUCGUGGAGAAGCCAUAUCCCGUCUACGUGGAGAAGAAGUUCCCCGUGCCAGUGGCGAAACCAUAUCCCGUUCAUGUACCGAUCUACAAACACGUGGUCCAUUAUACGUCGUCUAAGGGUAAAGAGUGGCAUUAG